CUCAACCAAAACAAAGAACCAGAAGAGAGACUCAACUCUACAAAUAUGAACUAAGUCAUUCAAUUUGGGGCAGUUUUUACCAUUUUGAUCAUCUUCGCAAAUUAUCAUGGAGUUCCCAAAACAACUUACACCAGCUGAUGAUCCUGAGAGCUCUUCCCAAAAGAAACUGGGAAGAGGGAAAAUUGAGAUCAAGAGGAUCGAAAACACUACGAAUCGACAAGUCACAUUCUGCAAGCGCCGCAACGGUUUGCUUAAGAAAGCUUAUGAGCUAUCUGUCCUUUGUGAUGCUGAAGUUGCUCUUAUUGUGUUCUCCACCAGGGGCCGCCUCUAUGAAUAUGCUAACAACAGUGUUAGAGCAACAAUCGACAGGUACAAGAAAGCCUGUGAUUCUUCAAACACUGGAUCUGUUACUGAGGCUAAUGUUCAGUUUUAUCAGCAAGAAGCAUCCAAACUAAGAAGACAGAUCAGAGAAAUUCAGAAUUCCAACAGGCAUAUACUUGGUGAAGCUCUUAGCACUUUGAACGUCAAGGAGCUCAAGAACCUAGAAGGAAGAUUGGAGAAAGGAAUCAGCAGAAUUAGAUCCAAAAAGAAUGAAAUGCUGUUUGCUGAAAUCGAGUAUAUGCAAAAGAGGGAGAUCGAGCUGCAAAACCAUAACAAUUUUCUGAGAGCAAAGAUUGCUGAAAAUGACAGGGCACAACAGCAGCAAGCAAAUAUGCUGCCAGGAACAUCGUCUGCAUAUGAGCAAUCAAUGCCUCCUCCUCAAUCAUAUGAUAGGAGUUUCCUUCCUGUUAUUCUUGAGUCCAACCACCAUUAUAAUCGCCAAGGGCAGAACCAGACACCUCUCCAACUUGUUUGAAAUGCUAAAGGGCAGUCUGAUGAAAUAUUCCCGCCUCUUCUCCUAAUUAAAUAAUAGUACAGAUGAGCAAUGCUACAAGGCAAUAUGGUGAUUUAUAUU